AUGAGCUACUCUACGCUCUUCAAUGAUGGCCUUCACCAGCUCUGGGAUCGCAAAUACAGAGCUGGAACUUCCCCAUCCGAAAGAAUCACCAUCUCCGUCUUUUCUACCGCUCCUGACUUCGACCAUCCCGCCAAGCCCUCUCGCAGUGUCCUUCAGAGCUUCCUGUCCUUUGAUGAGCCGUCCCUAGGCUCAAUCUACGAAGCAUCGUCUUCGAUAGAUUCCCUAAUUUCCUGCGGCCUCAACGCACCCAAGUCAAGCAAAGACCCUAAGCGCGAGUUCACCUCAUACCCCGCGUCAGUCUCAAGGCGAUCUUUCGAAAGCGCUGUGACUCUCCCACAAACGUCACGAAAGUCACGGUCCUCAACAUCAUCCGUGUUCGGCGGAACUUUGAGCAGAAGACGUUCACUUCCCGAAGCAAAACCCGCCCCAUGCUCUAUUCCUCCGCCAACGCCGACACCCUCCAGACGUGCAUCGGGUGCAUCCUGGCUUCCACGGAUUGCCGUGUCGCGAUUCCACCCCUCCAUCCCAUACUGUUCGAAAUCGUCUGAUUCUGACCACGCAGACGGAGAAGAGUGUGACGUCCAGCACCUUUCUGAUGCAUCCUCCUCAUCGUCUUCUUCAUCUAAACGGACCAAGAGCAGUGCGAACAGUAUUUCCCAAGUUUCGACCAAAUCCGCAUCAUCAACGUCUACCAUUACUGUAUAUUCACCAUCGCUUCGAAUAGCCGUGCCACUCCCACAUCCUUCAACAACCUUCUCAAAUCCCCUUCAUUCCAUUGUCCCUGUCUCAGUGUCAGAUGAAUCCGACCUUGAAUUACCCCAUGUGUCUCUCAUCCCGCUGCCACCUUCACCCCGAGGCGACUCUCUGUCUAUCUCGUCCAUCAGUCGUUCCAGUACUGUAUCAACUCGAUAUCGCAAGGCCAGACGGUCUGAUGCGCUUGCACAACUCGAGGGUCACAAGUCGCCUAUACCGCCAGUACCCCCACUUCCUUCAGUCCAUUCUCGCUCCCAUUCAAACCCCCAAUUGCCAUCGUUCGCGCCACGGCCAUCUAGUGAGCGGCGGUCUAGUCUGCACAAUGAUGCGUCUUUUGUAUCAUUCACAGAGGAUGAGGACUCAAGCAGCGGGCUCGAAAUGUUUUUUCGCCGCAAGGAACCGCGGGCUUCAAAGAUGACGGCGUCGACAAACAUCGGUAACACCGUCGUAAAGGAGCAAUUCUACCGCCCUACAAAACUCCUGCGUGGUUGGAGGCAGCAGCGUCGGAGAAACUUUAUUGACCUCCGGUGA